AUGCAGCGUCUCAACUCCUCCAGCCUUGACUACAUGUCCUCCCAGAGCACUGACCAUGUGGCCCCCUGCGUGGUCCUGGGACUGUGCUGGCUGGUUGGCGUCCCCAGCAACAUCGCGGUAGUCAUGGCGAUUGCCCGCAGCUUCAAGAGGGAGAACUUCACCCUGAAGAUGAUGCUGAACCUGGCGGUCUCUGACCUCUUGUGCCUCAUCACACUCCCAGUGUGGAUCUACUCUCUGCUCUAUGGCUGGAGCUUUGGUCCUGCUGUCUGCAAGUUCAUCUCUUAUCUUGUCUACUGCAGUUUGUACGCCAGUGUGCUGACAGUCACCCUGAUGAGUGUGCAGCGCUACCUGACAGUGCUGUACACCCAGUGCUGGGCCAGACUGCGUGGGACGGGCGAAAGGGUGCUGCUGGUCGCCCUGUGGGGGCUGGCGGGUGUUCUCUCCUGCCCAGCCUUCAGGAUUUGGGACGUGGUGGUACAAGAAGAGAAUGGGCAGCAUCAUUGUAGAAGAAGUUACAACUUGGAUGAGGAGGAAGUGUCUGUUCUAUUCACAGAAACUCUGUUGGGGUUCUUCAUUCCUUUCUCCAUCCUGGUCACCUCUUACUUCUGCCUCCACAAGAAGGUCAACCAAACCGCUUUCUUCAGCAGCCAGAGGAUGACCAAGCUGGUGACCAGCAUCGUGGUCACCUUCUUCAUCUUCUGGUUCCCUCUUCAUGUCGUCAACAUCUUGAACAUCUUUGCAGCUUUUCUGAAAUCAGAAAGUCUGAAAAACUUCUGUAAGGCCAGUUCAAACAUUACCGGGGCUCUGGCCUUCAUAAACAGCUGUGUGAACCCUUUCCUCUAUGCCUUUGCUUCACAAAAACUCCGACACGAUGCACAGCAGUCUGAAAUCGAGCGGGAUGCCUAG